GUUUUAUAUCGACGCAGACAAGUACAAAAACAAAGACAUACUUUGGGCUAGUCGUGGUAAUACAGACUAGACAAGACCAGAUUGUCGAAGAGAAAGUUUUCCAAUGGCGGAUCCUGUCGAUGAAAUUGGAAAAGCCGUUCAUGGCGUUGCCCGUGAGGCAUUCCAUGCUACAAUUUCUGGCGGUACAUAUAACAUAACUAUCGACGCCGAUAGAGCUGUUGUUAGAGACAUAUUAUUCGCAGCGUCCGCAGUGACAAUCUCACUAGGAGCAAUAUAUGCAGGUUAUAAAUUAAUUGCACGAAAAAUGGACGGGGCUGUUGAUAAAGGCCUUGGCGGUGAAAGAGAUGACCAAGAUGUUCGGGACAUCAAACCGAAGUGUCUACACGUCAUCCUGCAUUGUUUUACGGACAAAAGAUUUCUGGAGGUUUUAGAAGAUUUUAAAUCUGGAGGAAUGAAAGAACGCUUGAGGAGGGAAUUUUUUAAUAUUGGAAUUGAAACAGAGGGAUUGACGGUUGAAAUUGAGAAUAUCGAAGAAGUAGAAGAAAGAGCAGCGGAUAUAAAAAAGAGUAACAUUGGAAAGGAUGAUGGAAGUCAUGGACAACAAGACAAUGCAAGUGACUUGAAUUUAGAAAAAUCAGAGUGUUCCAGUGAUUCACUAAGAGAAUAUGAUGAAAAAAUGCCAAAGGCAGCAGUUUUUAAUCCUGAAUGA